AUGAUUGAAGUUAUGGCAAAUGAUAGGUUAGGAAAGAAGAUAAAGGUGAAAUGCUUACCGACGGAUACAGUGGGAGAUCUUAAAAAAAUAAUAUCACUUCAAAUUGGAACGGCUGCUGAUAAAAUUAUUUUGAAGAAAGGUUAUCAAAUUUACAAAGAUCACAUAACUCUUGACGAUUAUGAAGUUCACAAUGGAUUCAAUUUUGAAUUGUAUUAUAGUUAA